AUGAGCCCAUCAGACCCGCCCAUCUUCAGGCCCCGCGACGAUGCCACUGGUUCGCCAUCCGGUAGCCGAUGUUGCAUGCAGCAGCAUGCCCAGGCCAGCACGGGGAAUCUCGUAUUCCCAGUCCAUGUCUUAAACCUCAUGACCCCCUCCCUCGCCCGUCGUCGAUCCAUACGCCGUCAUCUGCUCGGAUAUCCGGAUCUCAAGGUCAAAAACGAAAACCACACCUCCAUAAAACCACCACACCACAUCACACCACACCUAACACCAAAACAACAUAUAACAUACCUCAACACCCACAGAAUGCAGCUCAAGACCCUCCUCCCCUUCCUCGCCGCCGCAGCGACCCCGGCCGCGGCCCUCGGCAAGGCCACCGUCGUGAACAACUGCGCCACGGAGGUCUCCCUCUGGUCCGUCGGCAGCGACGUCCGCGCCGCGGGCCCGCUCGCGCCGCGGGGCGGCUCCUACGCCGAGACCUUCGCGCGGGACCCCGUUACGGGCGGGCGCGCCCUCAAGGUGACGCGGGCGCGCGACGGGCUGUACACGGGCGCGCCGCAGCUCGUCUUCGCCUACACCCUCGACGCCGGCGGCGGCGGCGGCGUGUGGUACGACCUCAGCACGGUGUUCGGGGACGGCUUCAAGGGAAGCAAGGUCGUCGUCGCGAGCCGGCAGGCAACCUGUCCCGCCAUCGUCUGGGAGGGCGGCGUGAGUCCCGGGGGCAGCCAGGUCAAGGUGUGCACGGCGGAGCAGGAUGUUGUCUUGACGCUCUGUGCUUGA